AUGCACAACCUCUCUGCUCAGCCCUGGCAGGCGAAGAUGGCAAACCUGACCUAUGACAACUUCACCAUGGGCAACCGCUCCGAGGUGGCCAUCCAGCCUCCCACCAACUACAAGACGGUGGAACUGGUUUUCAUCGCCACGGUCACCGGCUCGCUCAGCCUCGUCACCGUGGUGGGAAACAUCCUGGUGAUGCUGUCCAUCAAGGUGAACCGCCAGCUCCAGACUGUCAACAACUACUUCCUCUUCAGCCUUGCCUGUGCAGACCUCAUCAUCGGAGUCUUCUCCAUGAACCUCUACACAGUCUACAUCAUCAAAGGCUACUGGCCGCUGGGGGCCGUGGUGUGCGAUCUGUGGCUGGCCCUGGACUAUGUGGUAAGCAAUGCCUCUGUCAUGAACUUACUCAUCAUCAGCUUUGACCGGUACUUCUGUGUCACCAAGCCCCUGACGUACCCGGCCAGGAGGACCACCAAGAUGGCAGGGCUAAUGAUCGCGGCCGCAUGGAUAUUGUCCUUCGUUCUCUGGGCCCCUGCCAUCUUGUUCUGGCAGUUCAUUGUGGGCAAGAGGACAGUCCCCGAGAGGGAAUGCUACAUCCAGUUCCUCUCCAACCCAGCAGUGACCUUCGGCACGGCCAUUGCUGCUUUCUACCUGCCUGUGGUCAUCAUGACGGUGCUGUACAUCCACAUCUCCCUGGCCAGCAGGAGCAGGGUGAGGAGGCACAAGCCUGAAAGCAGGAAAGAGAGGAAAGGCAAGUCCCUCAGCUUCUUCAAGGGCCCUGUGGUCAAACAGAACAACAAUAACUCACCCAAGAGAGCCGUGGAGGUGAAGGAGGAGGUGAGGAAUGGGAAAGUGGAUGACCAGCCCUCAGCACAGACAGAGGCCACUGGCCAUCAGGAGGAGAAGGAGACCUCCAACGAGUCCAGCACGGUCAGUAUGACCCAGACCACAAAAGACAAGCCCACAGCAGAAAUCUUGCCAGCAGGGCAAGGACAGAGCCCGUCCCACCCCAGGGUGAACCCAUCUUCCAAGUGGUCCAAGAUUAAGAUAGUCACCAAGCAGACUGGGACUGAAUGCGUCACCGCCAUCGAGAUUGUCCCAGCUAAGGCAGGAACCUCUGACCACAACUCCCUGGCCAACAGCCGCCCAGCCAACGUUGCCAGGAAGUUUGCUAGCAUCGCCAGGAGCCAAGUACGGAAGAAGCGCCAGAUGGCAGCCCGGGAAAAGAAAGUCACCCGCACCAUAUUUGCUAUCCUUCUAGCCUUCAUACUCACGUGGACUCCAUACAACGUGAUGGUCCUCAUUAACACCUUCUGUGAGACCUGUGUACCCGAAACAGUGUGGUCCAUUGGCUACUGGCUCUGCUACGUCAACAGCACCAUCAACCCAGCCUGCUAUGCCCUCUGCAAUGCCACUUUCAAGAAAACCUUCAAGCACCUUCUCAUGUGCCAGUACAGGAACAUUGGCACAGCCAGAUAA